ACCGCGGUUAUCUACUACUAUCAGCCUACUCUAACCUAUUUUGCUGCAUGGAAGUUCUUCUGGCAUCAUCGGACCCCAGCGCGCCACGAUCCCAAGAAUUACCAGGAGGGGGCGUGUUGAGACCACGUGUAAAGUUAUGCACAAGCCGGCGUGUCUCUUUUACAAUCCCCAACAUUUCUAUCUCUUUUCCAGACAAACAAAUUAAUCACUUCUGCUGUGGUCUUGGGCCUCAAUUGCACACAAAUGGCGACCAUGGUGAAUCCUUCUUCUGUUCUGAAAAUUCCUUGCCUUCUUCCGCCCCAAACUUCAUUUCCCAAAAACCCAUCAGCUUUCUGCAACAUCCCCAGGAGCCCAUUUUCCGGCGCAUCAAUGUCUUCUGCAAGAGGGAGAGGGGCUUUCCGCCUCAUGCGCUCUUCUGCCAUGAGGGUUGAGCGUCGUGAAUCUGUUGAUGAGGUUUAUGAAGACGACGACAUGGAAUCACCCAGUGAGACUCUCCUCUUCUCCUUCACACCGUUCCCGCUUCUUCUUGUGGCUGCUCUUCCUGGAGCUGGGGCAGUGAGGUCGCUGUUUGGGCCUUUUGUUGAGCUUGUGAAAUCAUGGAAUCUCCCAGGUUGGCUUGUGCAUUGGGGUCAUCCUGGAAACAUGGCUGUUGUGCUGUUUGCUAUGGGUGGUUAUGGAACGUACCUGGGUUUCCGAAUACGUUUUUCUGAUGAUAUAGAAGAGAAGGCCAAUGCAAAAGACCUGCACCCAAAACUUCUAGGUGGAAUGUUUUUCUUCUUUGCUCUUGGGGCAACUGGUGGAAUCACUUCUCUACUCACUUCAGACAAACCAAUCUUUGAGAGUCCUCAUGCUGUCACAGGUCUAAUUGGCCUUGCUCUCCUGACCAUACAGACCAUUUUACCUGCAUUGUUUGAGGUAGGGCAAAACCUUAUUCACUUCACUUUUCUUGCUUUGAUUGUAUUAUUCAACCAUUUGCCUUCCUGUUUUAAUCAUAUGCAGGGCAAUCCAGGAUUAAGGAAUGUUCAUGGGAUCUUGGGUGGUGGGAUCAUGACUCUGUUUCUAGUCCAUGCUGCUUUUGGACUUCAACUUGGCCUCAGUUACUAAUAAGCAUCUCCUGUUCUGCUCUGAUGAUUUGGAAUCCCUGGUGCCGUGGUCUCUCUUUCGUACCAAAAUCUGCAGGCCGAAACUACACGCCACUCAGAAAAGAAAAAAUGGUGAAUGGCAGGUAAACACAGGUUGCAAUUUACCAUAGAGGCAUCAUUUCUAGCUGUGCCACAAAGCUUCACUCGUUCAUGAUUCAAACACAAAAUGGCAUCGACUAUGUGGGGGAUGGGAGGAAAAAAGGGCAUUGUUUUUAAAUGUAUUUUUGAUGACAGACCUGUAUUACUGGUUGUCCAUUGCCCUUUACAGGAAAUUGGAAACCUAAAAUUUUGAUGUCCCGAACCGUCAUCACUGGUUGGACUGCAUAUUGAUGUUCCCCUUUAUUUUUUAGCAUGAGAUAAAUGCAUAUUUCCAACUCAUUUAAGUAUUGAA